UCUCAAGUUCUUUACAGAAAACAAACAAAAUAUCGAUUCACAAUUUUUAGAAGUUUUGACUUUAUUAAUUUAGAAGUUAUGAACUCCUGUAGUAGACAUUACAUUGACGUCUAGAGAUGUAACAUCUACUAUUUCCAGUGAUUUUAAAACUGAAGAGUUUCGUGAAUUGGUUUUAUCAUGCCAUCCUUUGGAUACAAAAGAAGAUAUUUAUCUGAGGGACUGUUCCCGAAAAUACGCAGAAACUAUGAACAGGUUUUGACGUUGUUCUGUAUUCUGUUUUCCCUUUCCAUCCUUCUGAUUUUAGUCAUUACUGGAGUAGAUUUAGGAUUAUCAAUCCCAAUAGCCAGCUACAGCAUCAUGGAAGGGAAGGCGGGGGAGAAGGGGGGAAAGGGGGAGGAGACGGAAAAGAAAAGGGAGGAGGAAGAUAUUGAGUUCUAUUUAGUGAAAACAAUCAAAGCUAUUACUAUUAUAUAUAUCAUUGCACAGGUAUUAUCUCUAUUCCUCCGUAUCCUGUAUAUCUCCUUCCCUUCUAUAUCUAGAAACAAUACAUACGUUCUUACACUCGCUGUGCUCGAGACAGAAGGUCGGCUGGUAACAAUGUAUGGUUCGACAGCUGCGACAGAUGAAAACAUUAGCUGUCAGGAUAUCUGUAUCUUCUAUCACAGGGUUACAGGUGGAAAUUGCCAUUCUUUUUGUGAACCUCUUUCCCUUCCUUUGCCAGGCCUUCAUCUUCCUAUUCAGGUUUUUUGUUUACUCCUGUCUCUUCUACUAGUUUGUCUGGAGAGUGCACUCCUAGAUAUAGAUAAUUUCUAUACAGCUACAACAGUAAUAUCAGUUCUUAAUUCUGUACAGCAGCUUCUACUUACUCUAUGUACAUAUGCACUUACAACGGAUACAGGGUUUUGUUGCUUUGGAAUAUCAAUUACAAGAUGGUUCAUUCAUACAGAUGUUUAUACACAGACAUUGGAAAGCCUUGUAAAAGAAAGUUUCACUUCUCCAAACAAGCAUGAGAAUGAAGAAUGGUUUAGAUCUACCUUAGUUCAAGAACCAGAGAACCAGAUGGACGCGUCAAGGGCAGGUCAAGUAAAGAUGCUUCAACACUUUUUAGAAACCUGGCACGAGCAGCUUUAUAGAGAGGUGUAUGUUGGGCAAGAUGCAGUCUCACUCUUCAUCACAAAAAAUGAAAAGGAUCGAUUAGACGAGUUCUACACUAGGAGGAUUCUUUCCUAUGACAGUGAUGAAAAAGUAAUUUUUCAAAGAAAAUGAAAAUAAAUAUUUAAAAAUAAUUCAAAUAAAUGAUGAUAUAUUUAGUACAGAUAUGAAUAAAUGUACAAAGUUUUAUCGCAAGCAAUUGAACUGUAUUUUUUUGUACAUGAAUUUUUCAUAAAUCAUUGAAAAUGUU